AUGUUGUUCUCCAGCUGUCUUUUAUCGCUUGUGUUUGCUCAGUCGAUAUUAUCAUUAGAAAAUAACUAUUUGCCAGUAUUUAGCUCGUCAAAAACUUAUUUUGGCCAAAGUGAUCCUAAAAUUCCCACUAAAGAUGUUAAUUUAACAAGAUUUGGCUUAUUACCCGAGUACACCUGGGACCAAGUGGUUCAAAGCUUGGCACCUGAUGAAAAACUUUUUUUUUUGCAAAGACAUGGACAGGGAUGGCACAAUAUUGCUAGAUCGUAUUUGAAAAUUCCAUAUAGUGAGUGGCAGUGUUAUUGGUCGAUUCGUGAUGGGAAAGAUGGUAUUGAAUGGUAUGAUGCUGACUUAACUCCAAAAGGUAAAGAGCAAAUUGCUCAUUUAGUUGAUCAAAUUAAAAAUACCGAGGACUUUCCCUUGCCUGAGAAAUUUUACGUUAGUCCACUUAGAAGAACAUUGAAAACGUGGCAGCUUACAUGGUUAAAUUUCCCUCACAAGACAGCAUUAAUUAAGGAAUAUGCAAGAGAAAUUUAUGGUAUUGACACCGAGAGUGAACGACACAAUAGAACAUAUAUCGAGGAGAACUUCCCAAACUUUGACUUUGAGCCGGGCUUCAGCGAGGAAGAUGUAAAUUGGAGUCCUUCCAAGAGGGAGGAAGGUCAGCACAGUGAAUUUAGGGCUGCUACUUUGUUGCGGGACAUAUUCAACGAUGCGCAAGACGAAAAAGUGAUUAGUAUUGUUCUCCACUCGGGAAUCAUAUACAGUAUUUUGGAUGUUGUUCAACAUAGAAUCUUUAGUAUUCCCACAGGGGGUAUAAUCCCCGUCAUUGUUAAAAUGGAACAACAGAAUAAAACGUACCCAUUAAACGAUGCUUUUUCUGGUUUUGAUGAGUGGUGUCCUCCAAGUCUUGAAAGUGAUUUCAAGAUUGAACGUACUAGAGGUGCUAACCAUACAGUUGAAAAAAAUAUAAAAGAGUAA